AUGAUUUCCCCAAACGUGGUGGUUACCAGAGCAGUUGCUUUCCUGAGAGAAAGGCUGCUGGGAACCUGCAAACCUCGAUCCUCACCUCCUCUCACCUUUUCCAAAACUCAGAACAGCGAGAAUGGGCACCAAGAGGAAAACUCACUGCACCCUCUGACUGACACUGGGGGCAGCACUGGCUCCCUGCGGGGCUCUGAGGCCUGGAAAUCUGUCUGGGACAUCACCACUUUACCAAAUAUCAAUGGAGUGAAGCAAGUCGUAGACCAGCAGCCAUCCACAUCCAUCACCAGGCAAAUCACCGUUAAUGGACAGUUACAACUUGUGUUCAUCAACGGGCAAUGGCGCGUGGCAACUAUCGAGCAACAGGGCGGCUUCAGGUCCUGGAAAACCAUCUGGGACUACAACACCGGCUUUAUUGCAACCAAAGUGCUGCCAGAGAGAGUUUGCUACGUUUCCGUCAUGAACAGAAGCCAGAUGCCCACCUUUGAUUCACUCCCAAUGAUGGUAUCUGAUCCUCAGAACCUGCAGUUCCAAGGACAGCUGACAAGGCAGCUCACAUUCGUCACCCAGGGACUUGUCCGUGACCUCCAGGCCUAUGGAUCCAGCAUCUAUGCCAUGUGCAGAGGACUCCCAACCUACGUGGCUACUCAAGUCUAUGGUCCCCAAAACACUUUCAACCUGGGAUCAUGCAUCAGACUUGAUGUCCUGCGGCUCGUGGAGCUUAGGUACUGUCGUGCCAACAUCAAUGGCAACAUCAACGGCAACAUCAAUGGCAACAUUAACAUCGGUGUCAAGGGCCUUCCUUGA